CAGUAAUUCAGGGUUUGUACAGACUGUGUCUCUUGAUUAUCAUGUGUAACAUGGAUCUACUUGGAUUCUGAACAUUGAUCUACUGCAUCGUCCACGGGAAGUUGGGACCAAAUCUCGGCCCGUAUGCAGUUCCUUUACAAGGUUGGAUGACGAAAUAGACUCCGACAGCAAAGAUGGAAUACCGAGAAGAACAGAAGCCUGAUCCUAGAUUUCCAACUCAGUUUGGAGGCUCGAUGGAUGGCGGUGAUAGCAAUGACUCGGCUCUCUCAUUAGUGGAUGAGAAACGGGAGAAGCACUUAAUUCGCAAGAUUGACCUACAUAUCAUUCCUUUUGUCGUUCUUUUAUAUCUGUUUAGCUUUCUUGAUAGAGUCAACAUUGGCAAUGCCCGUCUAUAUGGGAUGGAAGAAGAUCUGGGCCUGGUCGGAGAUCAAUACCAGAUUGCAGUAUCUAUUCUGUUUGUAACUUACUGUCUCUUCGAAGUGCCGUCAAACUUGGUUAUCAAGAAGCUCAGGCCAUCACGCUACAUCGCGUCGAUAUCGGUUAUGUGGGGCAUCAUAGCGACUCUCACUGGAAUAACCCAAAAUUAUGGAGGCCUCAUCGCUUGUCGUAUCCUUCUAGGCGUCGUGGAAGCCGGACUGUUUCCUGGAAUGGUUACCUAUCUCACUAUUUUCUAUAGCAAGCGUGAAAUAGCACUGCGCACAGGCUACCUAUUCAGCAGUGCAGCCGCUGCCGGCGCAUUUGGCGGACUUCUAGCUUACGGCAUCGGCUUCAUGGACGGCGUCGCCGGUUUACGAGGUUGGAGAUGGAUCAUGAUCAUAGAAGGCAUUCCAACCGUCAUACUAGGGGGCCUAUCCUGGUUCUUUCUUGCGGAUGACCUCGACACAGCCUAUUACCUGGAUGAUGAGGAGAAGGCCAUAGUAGUUCGACUCCGUCGUCGCGACGUGGGCCAAACAUCGUCCGCCCAAAAAUUUCACUGGGCAGACGUCAAAGAAGGUGCGCUGGACUGGAGAAUCUACGCCUUCUGCAUUGCUCAAUUCGGUGUCGACACUAUGCUAUACGGGUACAGCACCUUCCUCCCAACCAUUAUCCAGGGCAUGGGGUCGUGGACAACACCCGAAGUGCAAGCUCUUACGAUUCCUUGUUAUGCGGUGGGCGCAAUAAGUUAUCUGAUAAUUGCUUGGGCGAGUGAUAGAACUCAGCGUCGCGGAGUAUUCACUUGCAUCUUUGCUGCAAUAUCAGUGGUUGGCUAUGGAAUCCUGAUAUCGGAUUCUUCGUCAGGAGUACACUACUUCGGCGCCUUGCUUAUUGCCCUAGGAUUAUAUGUGGCUGUCGGAUUACCUCUCGCAUGGCUUCCGACCACUCUUCCUCGUUAUGGAAAGCGUACAUUCGCCACGGGGCUGCAACUGACUUUCGGCAACGUCAGCGGCGUCAUGUCUCCUUUCUUAUACAAGACGAAUGAAGCACCGCGUUAUGUUCGAGGCAAUGCAGUGACUCUGUCGCUGGUUGGAUUUGCAGGCGUUGUGUAUGGUCUUAUGUGGUGGUACUAUCAUGGGAAGAAUAAGCGCAGAGAACAGGGACUGGAAGAUGAAAAGAUUGUAGGGAUGUCAGAAGAAGAAAUUGAGGAAAUGGGAGACAGAAAUCCUCGGUUUAGAUAUAAGCAACAUGACGACUGGAAUCUUCACAAACAUCUUGGUGGAUAUGGGCCCUGGGUCGAGAAAUCCGCCGGAGACGAUGAACUACAGGGCUUUGACGUAUCAGGCAGUUGCACAGUCGACCAGAUACACAUGAUGUCGCGCCAUGCGGCGAGAUAUCCAACCAGGUCUGCAGGAGGCCGCCAUCUUGCCCUUUUGGAUAGAAUCCAUAAAGCAGGGAUUCUGCUGAACGGCUCAUUGUCGUUCCUGAACAAUUGGACCUACAUCACCAGCCAUCCAGAACGAGACUUUGAGCAAUUGACCACAACCGGCCCAUACGCUGGCACUCCAUCAAGCUUUCGAAACUGGAGUACGUUUCGCAGCCCGUUACGGGCACCUCAUCCCGUCGGAAAGGCCGCUCUAGAGAUAAUCCCGGAGACAUUUGAUCGCCGCGCUGAUACACUCACACCGGGAGAUACCUGUCUAAAAUACUUAGAAGACGAAGAUCGUGGCCAUGACAACGGCAUCAAGAUGCUCACUUUGUUUCAGCAAGCGUAUAUCCCGGCUAUUGCGGAGCGACUGCUCGUUGAGGAGGGCAACCGUGGACUUGAGGGGUUCACCAAUUGGGAGGUCUUUAGCAUGCAGGAAAUGUGUGGUUUUGAAACGACUGUACGGGGCUCGAGUCCCUGGUGCGAUGUCUUCACGCGCGAAGAUUGGAGGAAUUUUAAAUACGGACGUGAUUUGGUCCAAUACUAUCGUGGAGGCCCAGGAAAUCCUUACGCGGGCGCAAUGGGCUGGCUUUGGCUGAAUGCCACAGCGAAUCUGUUGCGAGAGGGGCCCAAGGCGGGUCCAAUUGUUCACGACGGGGAUAUAGCUCCUUUUUUGACUGCGCUGGACAUAAUGAGAGAUGGAAUGUACGACCCAUUUCUUCCCGGCACACAUCGGGCUGAGGACCGCGUUUGGUAUACCUCAACUGUGAUGCCAAUGGGCGGUCGGGUCACGCUUGAACGGAUGGCCUGUUCGCCAACAGAUCCUGGCCACAAUAUGAACAAGACAUUUCUCCGGAUAAAUAUAAAUGACAAGAUUGUGCCGCUGUCAUACUUUCGUCGGUUAUGUGGAUAG